AUGGCAUCGCAGCGGGAGCCCCACAACAGCAUGACGCUACCACUUCGCACCCGUGAGGCUCCCCAAGGUCCCCGAAAGCAGGUCCAGCUCCAACGGGCCACGGCUAGUGAUAUAAUACCUCCCCUCGGUCCCUCCCGCCCCGGGUAUGGAAGCCCCUCGUUUGGAAUCCCUCCCGCCCCGGUCAUCGACCGUCCUCUUCGUCUCUGGGGUCAAACGACCCCAGUUCAAGUCCCCCAGGGCCAUCCGGGGGCUCAUUAUGGACCAAUCCCUAUUCAGGGUACCCCUCAAGAUCGCUUCAGGCGCGAGGUUCUUGGUCGACGUGGAGAAGCCAUGGGUUCGGGGCCUAGGUGGACACCUGCUCCUCCCCUUGCACAACUGUCUAUGAGGAGUAGCGGUGCCCUUCAGCCUUACACCCCUCGAGCCUCAUCGACGCCCCGUCAGACCGCUGAAGCGCUGGCGAACGCCCCCCAAAAGCUUUCAUUCGCGUGCCAACGACGUCGCUUCAACCCAGUGUUCGAAGCCUUCGAAACCUCCGACGGCAGACAUGGGUGCCAUGUCAAAAUCGACGGCGCACUGUUGAGAAGUGACCGUCUUUUUGAAACAGCCCGGCAAGCCAAGGAGGAUGCAGCCAUGAAAGGGUUGGAUUACCUUCGGCAGAACAGCCGGGCAAGUCGGUCUACGGUCCCCUCAGCGAGCUCAGGGGGCGAGCCAAGAACCCAGGUCAGUGGGACUGCUCAGCGUUUACAAAACAGAGAGGCUGCUACAGCACGCCUCCUCCCAUCUCAAGCGUCAUCUUCCAUGCGUUCUGAAGCAUCCAUCGCUUACCUUGCGACCUCAGUUGCUCGUCUUGAGGCGACGAUCGCCCAUCUCCAGGCACCCGCUUCCAGUGCACGGGAUAACUUCACCCGAGUGCCUAUCAAGCAAGACCAAGAUGUCGAAAUGACGGGCGUCCCAGCUUCCGGUGGCACUCUGGUGUCAGUCAUCAGCGCGGCCCAGCAGGCAGAAUUGCUAAACCAAAUACAACGGAUCACUGGGAUGGACGUGAUAAAUCCAUCCAGGGAGAGUGCCGAGGUGACUUGUGCCUAUCUCGAAGGUUUGGCCGUGGGAUCACGGCUGGCCACGGUAGCACGCCGCCGUUCCCGCUCCCCUACCCGUUCUCCGCAGACUUCCCGAGGGCGUCGGCACCGUGAGCGUUCACCCGCCGACGCCCGGGUUCGGCUGACCCCGCCCCCAGUGUACCAGCGAUGGAGUGGCCGCCCUGCGACAGAUCGGUACCGUCCUGGUGAAGACCGGUAUUGUCCUGAUGAAGUUGGGCGUCUCCGUGACGACACCCGCUCUCGCAACAGGGGCAGUGGUUCAGUGGAAUCUGGGGUGACUUCUGGCCAUGGCAGUGGCAGGAGCUCCGAGAAUGAGAGUGGAAACACUCAUGAGAAGCGCUCCUCAUCUUCAUCUUGACGACGGCAUCUUCUGAUACUGGGGCACAUUACCGGCUCACAGGAGCUGAGCCGGUGUUGUUUGUCAAUGGGGUUCGUGUCCUGUCCCGAUCGGCGUUUUCGUGUUUUAUGUGGAGUUUUGCGUUUUGAUAUUGGUCUUGUCUUUCAUAGCUUUUUCGGGAUUGCUGUCUGCCGUUUUCUCGUUCUUAUUUAACAUUGAAGUUCGGCAGAAUUGGGGAAAUGUGAUAUUCGGUCAUCCUUUGCAGGACUUGCCGUGCACUUUUGCAUGUUUCAUUGGGCUAUCACUUGCUGAACAAUCUGGGACCUGGCGGGAAAUGUGCCGAAGAAUUCAGGAGGUUCAUACAAAGUACUGACACUGGUUGCUUACACGGC